UGUAAGAAGAACAGCUGCAGCGUUUACACACGCAAGAAGAAUUAUGAACAAGAAAAGUCAGAAUUGCUCCCUACUUGGGUUUACUUCUGGAGAGCUGUCUAAAUAGCCCUCACAUGGCCACAUUUGGUCCCAGAUCAGAUCAGUCCCAACUGGUUUUACUGUUGCUGGGUGAGACAGAAAGUGGGAAGAGCUCAGCAGGAAACGCCAUCCUCUCAGGAAGAGCCUUUAAAGGGAAAACCACCCGGAGCUGCAGGAGGAACGCCACCGUCUUAGGGUUCCAGGUGGCAGUGGUUGACACCCCAGGGUGGAUGCCCAACUCCACUACUCCACACAAGGCGUCUAAGGAGCUGAGGAGAGCUCUCGCCCUGUGCCACCCAGGACCCGACGCCAUCCUGCUGGUGCUGUCCACCUCCUCAGGGUUCGGUCAGGACGGGUGGAGAGCCAUGGAGGCUCACCUCAGACUGCUGGAAACACCCAUCUGGAGUCGAGCUAUCGUCCUGUUCACUCACGGGGACCAAUUAGGUCUGCAUCCUACAGGACACCUGUCCAUCCAGGAGUAUAUACAGCGACAGGGUGGGACUCUGCAGUGGCUGCUGGAGCGAUGUGGACACCGGUACCAGGUUAUGUCCAGCCAAUCCAGUAUGGCACAGAUUCACAUUGGACAGCUCAUUUGGAAAAUUCGGAAGAUGGCAGAGGAUUCAGAGCAGACCAGACAGACAGUGAGAACCCAGCCUGGAGCUCUGAACGUCCGGGUGGAGCAGCGAUGGAACACGAGGCAGCAGAUAUGUGAUAACCGUCCAGGACAAAGACAAGAGAGUGGCUCAGGAGCACAAAGAGGCACAGACACUUUGAGGCCUGCACUCAGCCUCAUCCUGCUGGGGAGGAGAAAAUCAGGGAAAAGCUCCACAGGCAACAUGAUCCUGGGCAGAGAGGAGUUUCCGAGAGACAAAAAGACAGUUCAGUGUGAUGCGGGGCACACAGAGAUCUCAGGGUGGCCUGUUACAGUGGUGGACACCCCGGGGUGGAGUCUGUUUGGACAGGCUAAACCUACACAGGUGAAGAGAGAGAUCCUGAAGAGUCCAUCGUUCUGUCCUGCUGGGAGCAAAGUGAUCUUCCUGCUGGCUGUUCCUGUGGACUCAUUCUCAGAGAAGGACAGGAAGGCUGUGGAGACGCAUGUCAGAGUGCUGGGGGACGGCGUGUGGGGGAGCUGUGUGGUGCUGUUCACCUAUGGAGACGCACUGAAGGGAAAGACAAUUGAGCAUCACAUAAAAAAGAAGGAAGAGUCUCUGCAGUGGGUGCUGGACAUGUGUCACCAGCGGUAUUAUGUUUGUGAUACGAACAUGAGCGACCCCACACAAGUGGAACAGCUUCUUGAGAUGGUAUACAAAUACAAUUUUAAAACCUGAUUUUUCUCCUGAAUUAAAAAUAUUUAUCUUAUCUGGGUCCAUGAAGACUCUUGUACUGACACAGUUCUUUUCAACAGUUUGUGAGUCACGUUGGUUUCUGCGGGGUUCCCCUACUGUCUUUAAAAGUUUGAAACAUUGACAUCUGCAGAAAAGAUUUUAAUUUUUCAUAGGUUUGUUCCGAUUAUAUCCUUGGCUGACUGGCAGGAUAGUCGUGUGUAUGUGUGAUGAAAUUAAAAUAAUCCAGAUGAACUGGAAGGCCUUUUCUUUUGUAGUGCUAAGAAUAAAGCCAAAACCUACAUGUGAAUGCCAAACAGUCUUGUUCAAUAAAUUGUGAUAUGAUGUUUAUUUAAUAUUGUAAAUAAUAAAGACGCAAAACCUUUUUUGGGUCUGGUUGGGGCAGAUGGUGAAGAGUGACCAUUGAUGUUACUGGAUUCUAUAUAAAAUGUGGCUUUAAGCUGAGAUACCGAUGUUUGGAUAUGUAAAUUAUAUAUUUUCUCUGCAAAUAAAUCUAUAGUUUGGUUUCUGUCAGUUCUAGAAACAAGUGAGAACAAAGCGAAUUUCUCUUCAUAAUGGCCCAUGAUUUAAUUUCAUUUAAUAGGAGCAAUGAUUUAAAAUUUAACAAACUUUGGCUCUUUAUGCUUUAUGAAAUAUUUCAUCCUAUUUGAUGAUUGCUCAGAAUAUCGCCACGUUCUACGAACAAAUGAUGCAAUUUGUCCAAAACUUGCUUUUCUUGCUAAGGUGGGAAAAUUUCUUUUUACAAUGACUUUCUAUGUAAAUCUUUUUUCUUUUUUUAUGCAGUAGUGGGCUUUCUUCUUCACUUUCUCAGAAAAAGCAAUGAACCUACAGCUCUACAAGAGCAGACCCAAAUUCUCUAGCUAUGCUCCACCUGUCCUCUAGAGGCCACUGUUACUAGAUGUAAUUGCUGCAUGUUUCGGUCAGCAGAAGGAAUUUCUCCUUUAAACCCCCCAAAAAACAAGGACACAUUGCAAAACCACUGUGUU